AUGGCGCCAAAGAAGGAUAAGGUUCCACCGCCGUCAUCUAAGCCGGCUAAAUCCGGAGGUGGAAAACAGAAGAAGAAGAAGUGGAGCAAGGGAAAGCAAAAGGAGAAGGUGAACAACAUGGUCUUGUUCGAUCAGGCUACUUAUGACAAGCUUCUCACUGAAGCUCCCAAGUUCAAACUCAUCACCCCUUCCAUUCUCUCUGACCGUAUGAGGAUUAACGGGUCCCUAGCAAGGAAGGCCAUCAGGGAGCUAAUGGCGAAAGGUGUGAUCAGGAUGGUCGCAGCUCACUCUAGCCAGCAGAUCUACACUCGUGCCACCAACACCUAACCAAUAUAAUUGACUCUUGCCAUUGGUUUUGUUGUUGAAUCUCAUCUCUUUUUGAUGUAUACAUUAAUCAUCAGAGCUCCUCUUAUAGUUUUCUUCCUUCGUGAAACUCUUUAGAAUGUUGUUUUGAGUUUUGAUAAAAUGGGAAUUUAUUUUAUUAGUUUUUCCUCGCAAUAUUUCAUUUCUUUUUGCCAC